GAUUUGUUCAGAAACAUUUCGGCAGAAUCCGGUCGCCUUUUCUAUUCGACCGGCCAUGAUGUUGAAUGCCGUAACAAAAGCAGCCGCAGGAGCCCUUAGGGCCGUCAAACCUACUUUACUUCAAAAUGAAGUCGCCAAAGUAUCUGGAGUUAUCUCUGUCAACAAGCGUGAUUAUGCGAAAGCGGCAGCGAAAGGAGGUGCUCAGGGCAAAGUUGUCGCCGUAAUUGGUGCCGUCGUCGACGUUCAAUUUGAUGAUGCCCUGCCACCAAUUUUGAAUGCUCUCGAGGUUCAAAACCGAACCCCACGUUUGGUUCUCGAAGUUGCUCAACAUCUUGGAGAAAAUACAGUACGUACCAUUGCUAUGGAUGGUACUGAAGGUUUGGUACGUGGUCAACCAGUCCUUGACUCUGGAUAUCCCAUCCGAAUUCCGGUCGGUGCUGAGACAUUAGGACGUAUUAUCAAUGUCAUUGGAGAACCAAUUGAUGAGCGUGGUCCAGUGAACACUGACAAACUUGCACCAAUUCACGCAGAUGCUCCAGAAUUCGUGGACAUGUCGGUCGAACAAGAAAUUCUAGUAACUGGAAUUAAAGUAGUAGAUCUUCUAGCUCCCUAUGCUAAAGGAGGAAAAAUUGGUCUUUUCGGUGGUGCUGGAGUAGGAAAGACUGUAUUGAUUAUGGAGCUUAUCAACAACGUAGCUAAAGCCCACGGAGGUUACUCAGUAUUUGCUGGAGUAGGAGAAAGAACCCGAGAGGGUAAUGAUUUAUAUCACGAGAUGAUUGAAUCUGGUGUCAUUUCUUUGAAAGACAAAACAUCUAAAGUAGCGUUGGUCUACGGUCAAAUGAACGAACCUCCCGGCGCUCGUGCUCGAGUAGCCUUGACUGGACUCACUGUCGCUGAAUAUUUCCGAGAUCAAGAAGGUCAAGAUGUGUUACUCUUCAUUGACAACAUUUUCAGGUUUACCCAAGCCGGUUCUGAAGUAUCUGCUUUGUUGGGUCGUAUUCCAUCAGCCGUAGGUUAUCAACCAACAUUAGCUACUGAUAUGGGUAGCAUGCAGGAACGAAUUACUACCACCAAGAAAGGAUCAAUUACUUCAGUACAAGCUAUUUACGUACCAGCUGACGAUUUAACUGAUCCUGCUCCUGCCACGACUUUCGCUCACUUGGAUGCCACCACCGUAUUGUCUCGAGCCAUUGCUGAGCUUGGAAUUUAUCCAGCUGUCGACCCUCUUGAUUCUACCUCCCGUAUUAUGGACCCCAACAUCAUUGGGCCUGAGCAUUAUAAUGUUGCUCGUGGUGUCCAGAAGAUUCUCCAAGAUUACAAAUCCCUGCAAGAUAUUAUUGCCAUCUUGGGUAUGGAUGAAUUGUCUGAAGAGGACAAACUUACUGUUGCCCGUGCACGAAAAAUUCAAAGAUUCUUAUCUCAGCCAUUCCAGGUCGCUGAAGUAUUCACAGGUCACGCAGGUAAACUCGUGCCUUUACCAGAAACCAUCAAAGGAUUCCAAAAAAUCUUAGCUGGAGAAUACGACCAUCUCCCAGAAGUUGCGUUCUACAUGGUAGGACCAAUUGAAGAGGUUAUUGCUAAAGCAGAAACACUUGCCAAGCAGUAAAUCAUUAAUCCUCUUCGCAAGCUUAAGUUUAUAGCAAAAAAAAACAAAAACCAAUAAAUGAAACAAAAAAAUUUAUUUACGAUUCAUUUAAAUCAGUGAUUCUCAUAUAGGUGAAUAAAAGAAAGACCAGAACGAUCUUCCAACUUUACUGCCGGGUUAUUAUAAACCAAAAUGUUUUAAUUCUGCGAAUUAAACUGUAGUACGCAGGUAUAAUAAAUAAAUUAAUGUAAAAAGUAAACAUAUUUUUUAUUUUUUAAUCAUUUAUUUAUGUUUGGAAGAUUGUUUUGGCCCCCUAAUCGUCGGUUAAUGUUAGAAAUGCUUUUACACGUCGUAAAAGAAUAUUAAAAAUAAUGAAAGAUGUUAAUCAUUGAUUAAUGUACACUAAUUAGUGAAAAAAACAAAUAUUAAUAAAAAGAAAAA